AUGGAAACAUUGCCAUUGAUUGUGAUACAACAAGUUCUUGAUGACUUGGGUGACAAUGUUGUAGAUGUCGCUUCCUUCACAUUGACUUGUAAAAGAAUGUACAACAACAUUCUGGUCGCUCAAAAGACAAUACAUCAGGUAGCACUGAGUAAUACACUCAUGUAUUGGGACGAGAACAAAGAGAUAGACUUUACCAACUCAACUAGAUCAUCACUUACAUCAUUGUAUCUUGGCGACAAGUACUUCAAACCAUUGGAUUAUGACUUGGUGUUGCCAGACAGUCUAUUGACUCUCAACGUUGGACACACAUUCAACUUGCUGGUCGUAAACACUCUGCCGUCCUCAUUGUUGACUCUGACCUUUCACCCUGAGAGUCAAUACAACCAGAGUAUAGGACUGCGCGUGCUCCCCACUUCAUUGACCUCAUUGUCCUUUGGAGAAAGGUUCGACAAGGUCAUUGCACCAAGGGUUCUGCCCUCUUCACUAAAGUCACUAACAUUUGGCAACUCCUUUAAUCAACCGUUCACUGUGGGCACCUUACCUCUGUCGCUCACUCAACUACGAUUCGGCUUAGUAUUCUCCCAUCCCUUGACCAAAGGUAUCGUGCCUCCCAGCAUGACAUCAUGUCACAUGGGCACCGGUUUCAACUCGAGUCUGGAUGGUCUCCCUCAAUCACUCACAUAUCUUAGUCUCGAUUCAAGGUACGAUCAUGAUCUGACUGGAUCUAUACCACAAUCACUUAGCACACUUCAUAUUGGAGAGACCAGUUACAAGACCUUGACAAGAGAUGGUGCACAUGUACUCCCAUCAUCAUUGACAUCGUUACACAUUGAACACAUGUACUUUAAUGAAGAUAGUGCUGUACCUUUAAAGUAUCCAACUGGACUACAAUCAUUGACAUUGGCCACAUCAUUCAACAGACUGAUUACAACAGAGAUGUUCCCGUCGACACUCACCUCACUCAAGUUUGCACACUUUGAUCAGGAUAUACUCCCAGGUACAAUUCCACCAUCGCUCACCAAUCUACAGAUGGGCUAUGCGUUCAACAGGACAUUGAUACCAGGAUCACUUCCAACAACACUCAAGACAUUGGAGUUUGGUAGCUCAUUCAACAGUUAUAUACCAAUGGGAGCACUUCCAUCUUCGCUCACCUCACUCACGUUGGGGUUGUCAUUCAUUCAGGAUAUCGAGUCUGGUGUCCUACCUCCAUCACUUAUCAACAUGACAGUACUCUCCAAAUCACUGGAUCUGAUCGAUAUCGUUUAUCCAAUGAACUUGAAGUGCUUGACUUUACGACAAUGGGUGGAUCGAAUACAUGUCAGUUUGCCAUCCUCUUUAAGUACAAUGACGAUAAACACGCAUCGUGCAUCGCCCCAGCUUCGUAAGAUGACCAUCAGUCUUGAUCAAUUGAUCAUACCAAUUGUUACAAACUCAUCGCAACUAACCUUCAACCAAAAUGUGAUGGCUUCCUGUUGGUGCGUAAGAUUGAUCAAGGACAUGCAUUGUGUCUCGCUUCAAGGCUUGGCUGUCACAUACUAA